UUACACAUCUUUUCGAAAGAUCACAUGUUGGAGGAGACAGGAUAUGGUUUAAUUUGACCGUAUUCUCACCCACAGGUGAAAUGUCCUUGGAAAUGAUGCUUUAAAGUGGGAGACAAUCAGCCGAGAUGCCUGUGACGUUGUAAUAUUCAUGCUGAAACAAACCAUCCAGAGGAGUCUGGGGUGCCUGAGAAAUUGUAAACCCCAUUCUGCACACUUUUCCUCGAGCUCCAUCAUGGCCAAAAGUAAAUUUGAGUAUGUGCGUAAUUUUGAGACUGACGAUACAUGCUUGCGAAAUUGUUACAUUGUUGUUCGACUGGACGGACGCAACUUCCACAAGUUCGCUGAGCAGCACAAUUUCACUAAACCCAACGACAAUAGAGCGUUAAGUCUCAUGACCCGGAGUGCCCAGUCAGUCAUGGAAGAGCUUGACGAUAUAGUGAUUGCCUAUGGGCAAAGUGAUGAGUACAGCUUUGUCUUCAAAAGGUCCACCAACUGGUUCAAAAGAAGGGCCAGUAAACUGAUGACACAUGUCGCAUCCCAGUUCUCCUCCAGCUAUGUCUUCUACUGGAGGGAAUAUUUUGGAGAGCAGAAACUUCUUUACCCCCCAGGCUUUGAUGGAAGAGUUGUGUUGUAUCCUAGCAACCAUAACUUGAGGGAUUACCUGAGCUGGAGGCAGGCUGACUGUCAUAUCAACAACUUAUACAAUACAGUGUUCUGGACCUUGGUGCAAAGGGGGGGGUUGUCUACCAGCCAAGCAGAGGACAGACUGAAGGGAACGCUGGCUGCCGAUAAGAAUGAGAUCUUGUUUUCAGAGUUUAACAUCAAUUACAACAAUGAAUCCCCACUUCACAGGAAAGGCACUACUCUGGUAUGGGAAAAGACUGAUGAAAGCACCACGAAAAAGAUUAAACUGCCUCAAGAGGAAGAAAAAGAGAUUACCGUGACCCGAACGAGGAAAAAGAUUGCCGCUCUUACUUGUGACAUAAUCGGAGAUGAGUUUUGGGAAGAGCAUCCCGACAUUCUGGAAAAUGACAGUUGAUGU